AUGGGCAGCGCCAGCCCAGGCCUGAGCCCCGGGCUGCCCGGCCGCCUUCUGCUGCCCCCAGACAGCGCGCUGCGGACAAGCCUGGAGAAGGCGGCCGCGGGGGGCACGGGGCCUGAGCGGCGGGACUGGAGCCCCAGCCCGCCUGCCACCCCCGAGCAGGGCCUGCCCACCUUCUACCUCUCCUACUUUGACAUGCUGUACCCCGAGGAUAGCAGCUGGGCGGUCAAGGGCCCCGGGGCCAGCGCGCGGGAGGAGCCGCCUGACGAGCCGGAGCAAUGCCCGGUCAUCGACAGCCAAGCCCCGGGGGGCAGCCUGGACCUGGCCCCGGGCGGGCUGACCCUGGAGGAGCACUCGCUGGAGCAGGUGCAGUCCAUGGUGGUGGGCGAGGUGCUCAAGGACAUCGAGACGGCCUGCAAGCUGCUCAACAUCACGGCAGACCCCGUGGACUGGAGCCCCGGCAACGUGCAGAAGUGGCUCCUGUGGACGGAACACCAGUACCGAUUGCCCCCCGUGGGCAAGGCCUUCCAGGAGCUGGGGGGCAAGGAGCUGUGUGCCAUGUCGGAGGAGCAGUUCCGCCAGCGUUCGCCCCUUGGCGGGGACGUGCUGCACGCCCAUCUGGACAUCUGGAAAUCAGCUGCCUGGAUGAAAGAGAGGACGUCCCCGGGGGCGAUUCACUUCUGCGCCUCGACCGGCGAGGAGAGCUGGACUGACAGCGAGGUGGAUUCGUCCUGCUCCGGGCAGCCCAUCCACCUCUGGCAGUUUCUCAAGGAGCUGCUGCUGAAGCCGCAUAGCUAUGGCCGCUUCAUCCGGUGGCUCAACAAGGAGAAGGGCAUCUUCAAAAUCGAGGACUCCGCGCAGGUGGCCCGGCUGUGGGGCAUCCGCAAGAACCGCCCCGCCAUGAACUACGACAAGCUGAGCCGCUCCAUCCGCCAGUAUUACAAGAAGGGCAUCAUCCGCAAGCCCGACAUCUCCCAGCGUCUGGUCUACCAGUUCGUGCACCCCAUCUGA